AUGGCGCUUCGAGACCCUCAACAUGUGUUUCCUAAGACAUCAUCAGAUGAGCAUUUAACCACGCACUCCGGGUCGAGUUCGUCAAGCACUGCUUCUGCAGAUAGAGAGGUCGUGCAUCUGACGCCGGAUUUUGAUUCGGAUGACGGGGCAGAUGAUAGUGAUGAUGAUUCGGGUUCGGAUUUGGAUUUGGAUAUGGGGAUGGGGAUGGGGAUGGGGAUGGGGAUGAGGGGUGGAGAGGGUAUACAGAGUGAUAGUUAUAAGAUGCAGAGAUGGCAGCCGGUGGAUAGGGAAAAGGGAAAGUUUAAAGAAGUUCAAAAGGCGGAUUUCGAUUUGGAUAAUGAUAAUGAUAUGGAUUCUGAUGAGGAUGCUUAUCGUGAUGAGACUGAUCGGAGGAGGGGUAGUUUCUCGACAGUACAAUCAUAUCAGUUAUAUACGCCAGAUGAAGAACGAAUCGUGGUGAGAAAAUUCGACAGGAAAUUGGUGGUUUUUGUUGCGUUGUUAUAUAUGUUAAGUUUUCUGGACAGAUCGAAUAUCGGAAAUGCGAAAAUAGCAGGUCUAGAACGAGAUUUACAUUUAGAUUCGAAUAAAUAUGAAUGGGUUAUCACGGCAUUUUAUAUCGCAUAUAUAUGUUUCGAAUGGAUGAGUAUAUUAUGGAAGAUUAUACCGGCGCAUAUCUAUGUAACGGUUAUCGUCCUCUCAUGGGGGAUCAUCGCAUCGUUACAAUCUAUCGCGACAUCUUUUGCAGGACUACUCGUUCUUCGAACAUUAUUGGGGAUCGGAGAAGCUGGAUUCACAGGAAUACCAUUCUAUCUAUCUUUCUUCUUCAAGAGAGAAGAAUUGGCAUUUCGGACAGGAAUUUUCUUAAGUGCGGCUCCUCUCGCAACUUCCUUUGCAAGUUCUCUAGCAUGGGGAAUUGUAAAACUGGGUGAACGUUCCCCAAUUGCACCAUGGCGACUUUUAUUCCUCGUGGAGGGAUUCCCUAGUGUUCUGGUGGCACUAUUCGCAUGGCAUCAUAUUCCUGAUAGUCCCAAUACGGCUUCUUACCUCACUACCCGCGAGAAGAAAAUUGCGCGUCUACGUCUGCGUCAUGAAGUUACUUCCUCCCCCAAUUCCAAAACGAAACCAUCAUCCGGUCUCAAAAUCAAGGAAGUACUUCUUACUUUCCGCGACCCGAAAGUUUACCUCACAGCCCUCAUGUUUUUCUUCUCCAACAUGGCUUUCAGCAGUAUGCCCAUCUUCCUCCCCACCAUCCUAACUCACAUGGGGCAUUCUCCCUCAACCUCCCAAGCCCUCUCCGCACCCCCUAUCUCCUUUCCUUCCUCUCCGUCCUCCUCACCUCCUACCUCUCAGAUAAACUCCGCUCUCGCUCUCCCUUCCUCAUCUUCCACGCUCUGCUCUCUUCCCUAG